AUGUUAAUCAAUAACUUAAAGAAUAUUACAUUUUCAUCUGGAAAUCUCUUUAACAAUUCAAUGAUUUCUCUAAACUCAACCAUUUCCAAGAAGAAUUCAAAUAUUGAAGAUUCUUUGAAUCAAAUUAGUGCAACAAAAGUUGUAAAACCUUUCUGGGCUGUUUGUACCACCAAAGCAAUGGACAAUGCUUCAACACUAGCAAGUAUCGAUAUACUAAAGUAUUUACAUUAUAGAACAGAAGGUUGCUCAGCUUACGCAGUAGAGAAUGAUAUUAAAGAAUGCUACAUAGAGUUGAUAGAAUGGAUAUUAGCUAACCGAACAGAUUUUGAUACUGAAUUUAGAAAUGGAGUGAUGACGAUAGUAUCACACAAAAAGAGUGGUUACCUACAAAAUAUGAAUUUCCAAUUGUUGACAUCAGACGGGGAAGUGCAGUUGGAAUGUGGUGGAAAAUUACAUUCAUAA